GAUCUGCCGCUGCUGGAGCUUCUCGCAGCAGCUGGAGCAGGAGCCGGGUUCCGAGUGGGUGCCGCAGCCUGGCAGCGCCGCGGGAUGGACCUCCCUCACCUCACGAGUCCUACCGACCUCCCCAAGCACAUCCUGGAUAUCUGGGUCAUCGUCUUGAUCAUCCUGGCCACCAUCCUCAUCAUGACAGCGCUCGUGCUGUGCCCAGCCACUGCCGUCAUCAUUUACCGAGUACGAACGCACCCCACGCGCAACGGCAUCGUGUGAGGCACGGGCAGUGGGGGACGCUGGGCUGGGGACUGCAUGGGACCCUGUGCCAGGGACCUUGACAGGGCACCCUGAGAGCUGGAGCCUGAGCAGGAGCUGGCGUGGGCCAGCACCUGAACCUGCUCCUCUACCUGGCUCUCACUGGGUACCCCCUGCUCAUUUUGCCCACCGAGCUCACGGGGACCGUGGGGGAAAUGACAACACGGGCAGCAUGGGGAGAGGUGUGACUUUGCAGACGUGUCCAGCUGGAAAUAUCUCACUCCCGUGACGGAGGCAGGCUGGUCUUGCUUUCACUGUCUGCUCCCAGGCAAGCAGUAAGGAGUGGAAAUGCCUGACAAAGUUAUUUCUUCUUUGGAGUCCCAGCUGUCAAGGUGGUUGGGGAAAAAAGAGUCAAGAUGGAUGUGGCUUCUGGCUGUGCAUUUAGCACUUGGCUAAAAGCAUCGAUGACAGAGCUUGUGCUGGCUGCACAGCAGACGUGCAGCUGGCACUGACUUCUCUAUCCAUUAUCUGCUGAAAUGACAGGAAAAUCCUGCAGGGCUCUUGGUUCCUCUGGGUCUCGUGGGGCAGAGGAGUGUGUGGUUCCUGCCAGUCUGCACACUGGCUGCACUCCCCACUUCUGAUAGUGAGAGCUCCCACUGUUUGCCCAGCACAACAGCCCUGCUGAGGAGUCUGUGCACGCCUCACCUGGGCAGGUAAAGCGGGAGGAGCGGGUUUGUGCCCAGCCACUGGCAAGGGAUCAUGUAAGCUCUUGUACUCCCCUUUGUUAUGAAAUAAAUGGACUUUAUCCUUCA